CUUAAUCGAGUUCAGGCAGGCUGAAACCUCGAGCACCCCUUCCUCAUCAUCCGAACUCCUUUCCAAUCCAACCUCCUCCCUCCCCACCCUGACGAGCAACCAAAUGACCUCUUCACGCCACCCACCAUGGCCAAUCCUGACCCUCCCAAGAGGAAAACGCGCCAAAGCCAUCCUCAUGUACCACCUCUUCUACGCCCUAAUCGCCUCCUUCCUCGGAAUCCUUUUCACCAUGGCUCUCGCCUCCGACUCUCUGCCCAAAUACAAGCACACCCUCUACCUCAGCAUAAUAAGCCUCGUUCCAUGCGGCCUCAUCCUCAACCAAAUCAACAUCGCUCCAGACGACGAUCCAACACUGCAUUUCCCACGCCGUCGAGGACUCGCUUUGACGCUUCUGUCAUGUUGUUUCGGGGCGGCGUGGACGGUACUUGGUGUGCGAUUCGCAAAAGAGGACCUGUGGGGGAUUGCAAGCGAUUUGGGUCGUGUCGUGGAGGAGUGGGGAUGGUUUAUUUCCGUGGUGGUUCUGUUGUAUAAGUGCUGUGAGGCGAUGGCGAUCUUAGGGGUGGGUUGGGCGUUUGGUGUGGUUGGGGUGCUGUUGCAAGCGUUGGAGUACCGCGAGGAGAUCCAAGGUAUUGGGUUUCGAGGGAGCUCCGUCGGUGCAGCGAUCGAAUAG